AUGGCUUUUGGAUUGCGCCCAGACAAUCGCAUUGCGCUGCUCUUGCUCAUCGCCAAAUCGGCUACCUCGUUCUACAUAGCGCCGACAAAAGUCCUCCGUGCCUCUCUUUUCAAUUCGAGAAGACCGCCACUAUCUAGGCGGACGGCUCUCAUAGAUCCCGGCCAAGGUCUGGAAUCCAUACAGACUACAAUAAAUGGCCUCCCUUUGCUUCUUCCCAGCUACAUUCAUGACAUUUUUGCUGCCGAGGAUCACCCGUUUCGAUAUGCUUUCAUGUUUCCUACGGUAAUGGCUGUGUCUAUUACGUGCCAGUCCGCGGGCAUCGGCGGAGCUGCUCUGCUGAGCCCUAUUUUGCUUUUAAUAUUUCCGUUGCUAGGCCCCGAGUAUCCUUUACAAACCGCAGCCGCCGCGAUUGCCAGUGCCCUAUUGACUGAAUGUUUCGGCUUUCUAUCGGGCCUUUCCGGCUAUUGGCGGCGAGGGCUGGUCGACUGGGGAGUUGCCUUUAAGUUCUUGGGAUUGGCCCUACCCACGUCCUUUGCUGGAGCGCUGUUGGAGCCUUCGCUGGCGGGAGAAACGACGUUUCUGCGAAUCUUGUACUCUACGCUCAUGUUGACACUCUGUGCAUUUCUACUGUUCAGCGAAAAACCAGUAGCACUUAGCGAGGAGUGCGAUUUUUCAACACAAGAAGACCCAAUAAUCCGCACGAAAACGGCUGUCGACGGCACAGUUUUUACCUAUCUCGAGCCAGACAAGUUAACGUGGAAAACAAUUGGAGCAACUACCGCUGGAGCUUCGCUUACUGGUCUACUUGGUGUUGGAAUCGGUGAAGUGAUUUUACCACAACUGGUACGAAUAUCUUGCAUGCCGCUGCCGGUCGCUGCUGGUACAUCAGUGGCUGUAGUAGUCCUGACAGCGCUGACGGCCGCCACUGUGCAAUUCUCAGUCCUGGCCAAUGAACUCAUGAUCCUGAGCCCAGAUUUGACGCUUCAGGCGGCUCUUGGGCAAGUGGUACCUUGGAAUUUGGUGCAGUACACGGUGCCUGGUGCUGUAGUGGGCGGACAAGUCGCACCCUAUCUAGCUUCCAAACGUGUCUUGGACGAUGAGACUAUCGAGUCCAUCGUGGCGGCACUGUUUGGUAUUAUAGGCGUAGCGUUUGCUGCGAAAGUAGUGCUUUCGGGGUAA